UCUUGUAUGAGCUCUGUGCUCUGGAAUGGAAUAGCAGCUUUUUUCUCACUCGCUCUCUCUCUCUUUCUCUUUCUCCUCACUCUUAACUGACGAUGAUGUGAACAAACAACGUGAUUAUCAGGCUUUGAAAGAGCAGCAGAGAGAGAUCCCGGUUUAAUCAUUUUCCAAGGCGCGAAUGAACAGGAGUGGAAGUUUCUCUUUGGACCAGACACUGAAGACGUCUGGAAAGCGAGCCCAGAAGUGCCAAAUGCCAAGACUAGAGGACCACUGCUGGAGUUGCUCCUGUGCACCAAGGGUGGAAAGUAAGAAUUCAUCGGGGGCAAACUGGGUGGCAUCAAAGGCUGAGGAAAUGCUGUCCAUCAUCACGUCGGUGCUCAGCAAUGCCUACGGCUCCCUGCACAGCGUCCGAGCAGCCAACUUGAUCCGGCGGGGUCUCGUCCUCUUCACCGUGGGAGUGUUUCUCGCCCUGGUGCUCAACUUGCUGCAGAUCCAGAGAAACGUCACUUUGUUCCCCGAGGAGGUGAUGACAACUUUGUUUUCGUCCGCCUGGUGGAUCCCGCCUUGCUGUGGCACAGGGGCUGCUGUUGUCGGCCUGCUGUACCCCUGCCUCGACAGCCACUUAGGAGAGCCGCACAAGUUCAAGAGAGAGUGGGCCAGUGUGAUGAGGUGCAUCGCCGUCUUCGUUGGCAUCAACCACGCCAGCGUCAAACUAGACUUUGCCAAUAAUGUCCAGCUCUCCCUAACGCUGGCAGCCCUCUCCCUGGGCCUGUGGUGGACGUUUGACCGGUCCCGGAGUGGCUUUGGCCUAGGCAUCACCACCGCCUUCCUCGCUACUGUCAUCACACAGCUGCUGGUCUACAACGGAGUCUACCAGUAUACAUCUCCAGACUUCCUGUAUGUGCGCUCCUGGCUGCCAUGCAUAUUCUUCUCAGGAGGAGUUACUGUAGGAAACAUCGGCCGCCAACUUGCCAUGGGUGGUGUUGAGAAACCCCACAAUGACUGAUCCAGGCUGUGCAGUGGAGGACAUCUAGGAACGCAAAGGAGCGCCAACAUAACAAUGGAUAUGUUAUAGGGAGAAAGAGAAGAAAAAAAGGAAAAAAAAAAGACUCAUAGUCUCGACAAUUUCGUCCUUUGUUCUCACAACAAAGUGCGGGUCAGAAAAUCCCCUGACUUUACGUGCCAUGUCUUCUGCACCUCCUUGUGGCCAAACGACCCAUCCCUCCCAUCUGUGUUAUACUCCAUUAGCAUUAGGACUCCCCUCACAUCAGAUGGGAGGACAGUGUUUGCCUCUCGAUUUUUUUUUUUUUAAGUGAAUAGUCGAUUGGUUUCAUUUGUACGUUGGAAGAGUGAGCUACUUAGCCUCUUACAGUUUAGCGAGUGGAAGCGUGCAUAUGUUAUGCUUUAGCGUGGACGUAUCUUGGUCUUAGCGGAGAAGACAUGGAGAAAAAAAAACAGGUGGUGCUACAAUGUGUGUUUUUGUUUUCGCCUGAAUAUGCUAUGAUCAUAAAAGGGAAAUGUUUUAGCAGUGGCAAAAAUGUCUUCACCCUAAAAUGUGUGUGUGUUCAGCAGCCGCAGGGGCCUGCACUGUGGCACAGGGGAGUUGCACAGGAUGUAUGUUCCCAUUCAAACCAGAAGUAGUAUUUAUUUUGGAGGUUGCUGAAAAUUUUUGAAUGAUUGCAUUAAUGAACCCAAACCAAAUGCGAGUAUGAUAAUGAAUGAUGCAGUCCAUGCCUUGGACAAGUAGGCAGCACCCUCUAGAACAUAUGUUACUAUUUCUCGUCGGCAAAAUAAAAAGAUAGGAAAGGAAUACAGGAAUGCCAGUCAGUUUUCUACCAAGCAGUACUGGCUGAUAUUCACCUGUAAGUAUAAGUAUAGUAAGACUUAACUCCUUCUGGUUUGCAAAAAUGCCUACAAUUUAUUCUUUGGACUACAGGGUCAUAUUAGGUUUUUCAGAACUCACUGCAUAGUGUGUUUUUGCAGGAACAACUCUGAAACAUACAGUCGAUUGCAUUUUUAUCUAAUAUGUUUCAGAAAAAAGAUCCCAUCCACAGAAACCUUAGAGUAGAGAGGUGAAACCAUGCCAGUCUUGUGCACAUGGUAUUGUUAUUGCAUAAUUAGGACACUCCCAUAGUGAUCCAUGUUUUUUUUUUUUUUUUUUUUUUAAUGCACCAGGAGAGCAGCAAAACUUCGCCAGCAUCUUUGGUUACAUCAAACCAGCUAACACUUUCCAAGGCAUUUUACCUUUUUCUGACCAGGUGUUAAAUGUUCGCCUCGUGACCGACUCUCUGAAUGGCCCAUGAUUCUUUUUGAGACAAAACUUUUACCAUACGAUCGUGAGUAUUUCCACUCUGAAUGGUAUUUUCAAACCAAUAAGGAUAGUUUGGGAACAUACGCUGACUGAAGGAGAGGGCAGGACAUUGUUACUUCGGCCUCGAAGAUUUGCAAUCUGUGAUUGCCUAUGUAUUAUAGAAUGUAGUGCUUUUGUCACUAUAACAUUUUAGUUUUAUCAUUUGUACAAACACAAUGACAUUACUGCUUAUAUGUAUAAUGGCUUGCCUAUGUAAUCAGACAGGUAUUACCAUACUAGACCCACAGUAUGUUAGUUAGCGUUUGGGGGUCUAGAGGAGUAAGUGCAAUCAGAGUAUACAUGAGCCGAUUAUUCUUCCUUAUUUAUUAUUUCUGACAAUGGCUAAAAAAAUAUAACUUGUUGUAAUUAUAUGCAGUGUGGAGACUUUAAAAGAGCAAUAACAUCUUUUUUUAUUUUAUUUUUUGUAAACAACAAGAACUUUGUCAGAAAAUACUUGCCUUCUUAGAGUUGAUACCAAUGACCUCUCUCACCUGAGAGACAAAAGUUAAAAAAAAAAAAAAAAAAAAUGUGUCAAACUGUUGUAAAAUCUCAUUUAGUAGCAUUAUAGAAGGAAAACCUGAUUUAUUUUUUUUAAAUACUUUUUUGUGACAGAUCACAGAGGGGCUGGUAUGCCCUGCGCUGUUUGAAUCUGUUUAUAUUCAGGUGUGCUAAACUGAAGAGGAAGCUUUAUUUUUGAGGUGGUGAAGCACCUAUUAUUUCAGUGUUUAGAGUAUGUGUGUGUGUCUGAUAUUUCAGCUGUGUAUCGUUUUUGCUACCUUGGAUUUAAGUGAAAAAUAAAGACCUGAAUAGGA